AUGCCCGCCUUCCGGCAGGUUGGGGAGAAGCAGCUGCCCCAGGAGGUCGUCUUCAUGGCCUGGUCCCCCAAACGGGACCUCAUCGCCCUGGCCAACAGGGCGGGCGAGGUUUUACUUCAUCGCCUUGCGAACUUUCAACGAGUGUGGAGUUUACCUCCAAAUGAAAAUACAGGAAAAGAAGUGACUGCUCUUGCUUGGAGACCAGAUGGCAAAAUUUUGGCUUUUGGCCUUACUGAUACCAAGCGGAUUAUUCUGUGUGAUGUAGAGAAACCUGAAAGCUUGCACUCCUUCUCCGUCGACUUGUCUAUUACUUACAUGCAUUGGAUGGAAGUAACUGAGGAAAGCAGUGUUCUCACUUCAUUUUACAAUGCUGAGGAUGAAUCAAAUCUCCUUUUGCCUAAAUUACCAGCGCUACCAAAAAAUUACAGUACCACCGCAAAAAUUUUCAGUGAAGAAAAGUCAGAUGAGAUUAUGAAGCUUCUAGGUGAUGUAAGGCUUAAUGCUCUUGUCCUUGGUGGCAGCUCAGGGUUUAUUGAGAUUUAUGCUUAUGGAAUGUUCAAGAUUGCUACAGUAACUGGGGUGGCAGGUUCUUGUCGUGGAUUAUGUUUAUCUAGCGAUUUGAAGUCGCUAUCGGUUAUUACAGAGGUACAAGACUCUUCAGACAGCGAAGCAGAGAUAACAUAUUUUCAGCUGGACACUAGUCUAUUAUCGAGUUACUUACCUGAGGUAACUCGAAUGGCCCGGAAAUUUACUCACAUUUCGACUCUGCUACAGUAUAUAAAGUUGUCAUUGACAUGCAUGUGUGAAGCGUGGGAAGAGAUACUGAUGCAGAUGGACUCACGGCUAACUAAGUUCGUACAGGAAAAGAAUACAACCACUUCUGUUCAGGAUGAGUUUAUGCAGCUGUUGUUAUGGGGCAAAGCAAGUCUGGAGCUUCAGGCAUUACUAAUGAACCAAUUGACGGUAAAGGGUUUAAAAAAACUUGGUCAGUCCAUAGAGUCAUCCUAUUCUAGUAUCCAAAAGUUGGUCAUAAGUCAUUUGCAGAGUGGGUCCGAGGCACUGUUAUACCACUUGAGUGAAUUGAAAGGAAUGGCUUUGUGGAAACAAAAAUAUGAGUCUCUGGGAUUAGAUGCAUCUGGAAUUGAAGAGGCUAUUACUGCUGUUGGUUCUUUCAUCCUGAAAGCAAAUGAGCUGCUUCAAGUUAUCGACAGUAGUAUGAAAAACUUCAAAGCAUUUUUUCGAUGGCUGUAUGUUGCCAUGUUGAGGAUGUCAGAAGAUCAUGUGCUUCCAGAGCUGAACAAGGUAAUGACCCAAAAAGAUAUCACAUUUGUAGCUGACUUUCUUACUGAACAUUUCAAUGAGGCACCAGAACUUUACAAUCGUAAAGGAAAAUACUUCAAUGUGGAGAGAGUUGGCCAGUACUUGAAAGAUGAAGAUGAUGACCUUGUAUCACCACCUAAUACAGAGGGAAACCAGUGGUUUAACUUUCUUAAAAAUAGUACUCAUCUUAAAGAAAGUCCACUUCUGUUUCCCUACUAUCCUGAGAAAUCACUGCAUUUCGUCAAAAGGCAAAUGGAAGGGGUCAUUGAUCAGUGUUUACAAAAGCCAGCAGAUGUAAUUGGAAAGUCAGUGCAUCAAGCAGUCUGUGUGUCUCUCUACAAAACUUCCCAAAGUAAAGAUUCCACACCUCAAUUAUUUAAACUACCAUUUCUGUGGAAUGACAAAACAUCCAAUAUACAUUAUGUUCUCUUCACUAUGUUAGAAAAUUCUAUUUCUAAAAUAUACAUUUUGAGGAGACCUACUGAUACUUCCAGGUCCGUCAGUAAUGGAAUUCUUGCAGUAGAGUUUGGAAACUUCUUGAAUAGUAUGAAUGGGAGCUCAGACUCCAGAUGCUACAGUUGUUUAGAUGCACACUUCUAUGAUGAUGAAACUGUAACUGUAGUUCUGAAGGAGAGCAUGGAGCAAGAGGGGAAGGAGAGAGUCUUGGCUCAGCUGCCUUUAUCUUCAGUAUACACAGAUGAGGACCAAGAUAGGGAAUUAGUCUGGGAUUCUACUAAAAGGCUGGAUGAGCAAAGUGGCGAGAUACCCACACAUACUGUCUUCUUGGAGAAUCAGUGGAGAGUGCUGGAGAAUAUGAAAGCUCAGUAUGUUUCUGUAAAUGGCAUUAGAAAAGUUUCAUGUGUGCUAAGUUCAAAUCUCCGUCACGUGAGGGUGUUUGAGAUGGAUGUAGAGGAUGAUGGGGAAGCUGAAGAAGAAGAGGAAGAAGAAACAACUCAAGUUGCAGCUGGGGAACCAGAGGAGCUAAAUCAGUCUGCAGAUAAUCAGGACAAUGUGUGUGGUGCAUCUGCUGAAGAACUGCCUGAUGAAACUGAAGAACACGAAUCAAGUCUGGAUCCUUGACAUAGGCUUUUAUGCUGGUAAAGGGACAAGACUGUAAUCUAACUUCAGGCUGCUGAGGUGAUGCAUCCUGUACCUACUCAAGCAGCUGUGGUGGGAUGUUGUGUAUCAGAAUUCUGUAUUGCUUCUCAGCUAAGAC